AAGUCCAUUCUCAAAAUGAAUUUGAAAAUAUUUUUAACGGUAUUAGUUAGCUUAGGCUAUGCUUCUGAUGCAUUGGCAUCAGUCACCUUAACGGUGAGCGGCUUGAAAGCUAAUAUAAAAAAUAGCUUGGUAGAGUUGGACUUUAAAGCUGACUCGACCAUUUCUGCAGUCAAAGUUGGAGGGAAGAAUAUAGCGUCCACUAGUGAAAGAAGUUUCUAUUUAGACUGGAAUAAUAAUGGCCAGGGUGUAUUCAAGCCAUCAAGCAUCCAUAUUGUGGAACAAACUUCUUCCAGAGUUCACUUCUAUUGGCUCCAGGAAAAUAUUGACAAUGUGUUCAGGAUCGAGCUGCAUUAUAUUAUGGUAGAUGGGGUUAGUGGCAUAUAUUCUUAUGCCAAGUAUACCAAUGAUAAGUCAUCUGAUUUGACUUUGGGUGAAACCAGAGUAGUAUAUCGCUUCAACCCAUCCAUAUUGACACAAGGUAGCAACCAGGCACGCACAGGAACCCUUUACACUUCCACCUAUUUGAACAAACAAACAAAAAUCCAAGACGAAACCUGGCAAUUGCCUGAUGGCACCUACUAUACUAAAUAUGACUAUGCUGGAUACCUAAGGGAAACUGAUUAUCAAGGUGUCUAUGGUAAUGGCUAUGGUGCCUUCGUAAUCUCUCCAAGCAGAGAAUACCACGGUGGUGGCCCACUAAAACAGGAUCUCUUGAUCCAUCAAAACUCCCUAAUCGCCAACUAUUUUAUUAGCAGUCAUUUUGGUACAGCCGGCCUUACAGCCCCAUCAGGCUGGAGCCACAUCUACGGACCAUGGCUGUUGUAUUUCAAUACAGGAUCAGACAGCGCCAUUUUAUCAGACGUGGUUAACAGGGUGGCCACUGAGAAGAAGAGUUGGCCCUACAGUUUCGUUAAUGACAGCGAUUAUCCUUUAUCCAGAGGUUCGGUUUCGGGUACGGUGUCAGGGCAGAAGAGCGCCAUGGUGGUUUUAUGGGAUGAUACUACCAAGACAUUCGAGCAACAGUCUUUGGGUCACUUGUAUAAUACGAAGACCAACUCUGAUGGGUCGUUCAGUAUUGCGAAUAUACGUCCUGGUAGUUAUUUAGUUGCUGCUUACCCGUUGGCUGGACAUGGGAGUGACAAUUUGGCUACGUCGAGUGUUACAGUGACAGCAGGUGGUACGGCAAAUGUUGGCACGCUCUCCCUACCAGAACCCUCUAACAUCAUUUGGUCUAUUGGAGAAACCGACAGAAGAUCUGACCAAUAUAAAUACAGUAACGAACCUCGUAAUUACGUUUAUGAAACCUUACCUCCCGAAUCUCUUACUUUUACAAUUGGGUCCAGUAGCAUCUCUGAAGACUGGUAUUAUGCCCAAUCAAAACCCGGCGUCUGGACCGUGCAAUACCAAGACACCCAAGAUGGUAACGGAAGAACCUUAAGGGUGGCCUUAGCCGCUGCCAGUGUAAAACCUCACCUGAUCGUUUAUUUAAACAACCAUAAAAUUGGGGAUGUUUACUUUGGAAAUGACCAGGCCGUUUAUAGGAGUGCUAUGCAGAGUGGCACCUUUACUUCCUUAGUUUUGACCGCUAAUAAUGCCCAAGUGGUCAGUGGCACCAACACUUUAACUUUCCAAAUUAGUAGAGGAAUGGUUAUGUACGAUACUAUUAGCUUACAAAGAGGCUAAAGAGAUUUUAAUAAAUAUUUUAUAAAUAAAUGCUUUCAAGUAUGCAA